AUGCCCAGUCCACUCUCACCGGAGCUGCGAGGUCAGUCUCUCCCGCAGAUAUCACAAUCGGAGACGACCGCACAGAUGACGCUUGCCGAUAGCGAGACGUAUUUUAGCAGUUCGAUUGGGCAAAAUCCAGCCCUGAAACGAAAUUCGAUGAUGCGACAAAAAUCAAAUUUGUCCAUCGACUCAAGAGACAGCGACAUAAGCAUCCCCUCUGGACGGAAAUCGGCAUUGUCUAUGGAGUCCAGGGAUAGUGAAAAGAGUACCGUGCGCCCGUCGCGACGAAAGUCGGUCAUGGCGAUAGUCCUAGGAUUGCGGGAUACCGAGGCCAGAGAAUUUCGAUCUCUCUCAGAAACGAAGCCAGAAGAGAACAACCUUGAGGUUGUAUCCGAAUUCCCACAGAUUGUUGUUGCUGAUGUGAAUGAUACCGAUACAAGUCAAGAGUACGACUUGAUGACACCUACUGUGGGGUUUCAAAAUCCCUUUUGGGAAGAUCCCAUAUCCAAAAGUCAUCUGGCGCCGGACAAGAACAUGCUUGCCCCAAUACCAAGUCAGGUAUCACUUGGGAGCGUUGGCACAACUGCGUCGUCAGCGUCUAGCAUUGUUCGAGGGAUCCGUCAUGUAUUGCCGCAGUUUAGCGCCACCGAAACGCCCCCGAAGCCACGAAGGAGGUCGACUUUCGAGAGGGUCAAGAGAGAGCUCUUCCCUCAGCUCCCUUCAAAACCAGUUCUAGCAGCAAAGCGUCACAAAGCCACAUCGCCGUCAGGAAUGUCCAGGUCGCAACAUAUACGGCAGGUCAACCACGAGGCCGAGCUGUGCAAGUCAGAAAAGAUCAGUACAGAGGACCGUCCCUCAGACGAGGAACUUCGACUGCGCAACGAGAUUAUGGGAAGUUCUCCUUUUAAUGAUAAUCUGAAUGUGGCGGAGGAGCAGAAUAAGGGGGAUAGUCCUGAACAGAAGCACACAUUUGUCAUACCAAUACCCGAAGCUGCAUUGCCAACAGAAGCAAGUACAGCCACGAAGAUGUCCGAGUCUAAACUCAGGUGGCCAAUGAAAAUUGACUUGAGUGAGUUGAAACCCAUUACAUUCGGACUUGUUCCUACACCGACAAAGCCUCAACCACCGUCAAAUCUCAGCCUACAAAUGCCUGCAUUGGAAUCUAUCAGCGAGACCCCCCAGAUUAUCUUUGAUAGCGGUCUUUUUACACCGGCAGGAUUCUCCGACAAGACCCAGUCACAGCAUCUUAGGUCCGUGAGCCGGGACUCUAUGCGGCAUACAAGGCGAAGGAAACCCACUCCCAAUAGUGAAGAGUCAUCCCUGAUCGGGUCGCCAACCCCUUUGUCAGCUGUCCAGCCCAAGUCUGGCCAUAGACCAACUGUUAAAGCCUGGCUUCCAAUGAUGUCGCCCCAACGAGGGGUCAAAAGACCGCAGUCCUCGGAGUCGCUCUUCCCUAAGUCUGCGUCCCCUUUGCCACUGGCAUCAUUUCAUAAUGCAGGACGCCCCGUGAGAAGGUCUAGUGUAUCAGCUGGGGCAACAGUAUCCAUGUUAAAGCCUCCUGGAAUAGAAAGACGCUCUAGCACAUCGACCCCUUCUAUGAACCCGAAGAAAGCGUGGAAUGUAUCAAGUCCUGAACAAUGCGACAACACACAAGCCUCUUCAAAUCCCUUCUCUCAUAUAUGGAAGCCGUAUUUACCUGAGAGACGCUGUAGUACAUCAGCCCCCUCUCUCGACACAAAGGCCGUGUGGGAUGUGUCUAAAGCUGGACUAUCUGAUAAUACGCAAGUUUCUUCAGAUCAAUGUGCUCAAACAUGGAAGCCUCACGUGCCUGAGGCACACUCCGGCAAAUCUACAACUUCCAUCGAGACUAAAGUGUCAACGGCUUCACUCAAGUCCAAAUCCAAGUUACAACCAAUACCCGACAAUGAUGGAGCUGACGGACUGGAAGAAGCCUUGACUCGUCAGGAACACAAGGUGGAUGUGCCUGGUGUACUGAUGCGGUCAAAGUCAAACACACGGCCACAGCUUCCUCUAAAGUUAUGGCGAGCCUUCGGAUCUUCCCAGCAGCGCACAAGGCCUGAUAGUGAAGCAACUUCGCCGGCUACUAAAGUAAGUAUAGAGCCUGGGGACGCCACCGACAUCCGAUCCAGUUUGGGCACUGGCCGCAGGAAGACGAGCUAUUUCUCAAUGGAGAGAUCACGAUCAGAGGCGCAGACGGCGAAGGUAUCUUUGGCAGCCCAAAAGAACCUUGCAACGAAGUCGAAAGUCAUGUCGCAAUAUCUGGGCGACCGCUAUCCUGCCGAGUCAACAUCGCAUUGGAACAGCGAUGACUUGCUCAUGUCUCAAGACGAGAUACCACGCAAAAGUGGAGAGGUGCGGCCACUUUUGCCUGCCAGAUCUGUUCCUAAGGAUGGCGUACAUUGGUUCAGAGUAAGGCUAGACUCCAAGGAAGAUGAUGACGAAGAAGGAAUGGAAGAAGAAGACAGUACGGGGCCGAUGAGACAGCAUGAAUGGGAUUUACCAGAGCACUUGCCCGGGUCUCCGUUGUGUCCAUUGAGUCCGAAGCAUAAGAGCGGCGGGAAAGGAUACUGUCCUAUGCACAGUCGCCGAAAGACACACAUCAUCUAA